GCGGCCCGUCGAGCUGCCGCUGCUGCUCCGCUGAGGCCGCGGCCGCGCGUGCGGGGAGGGCCGGGAGGCGGGGGCCGGGGCCGCGCUCGCUCCUCCCCUCCCUGGCUGGCUGCUGCUGCUGCUGGGCGGCAAGAUGGCGGCGGUGGAGCUGGAGUGGGUGCCCGAGACGCUCUACAACACCGCCAUCUCGGCCGUGGUCGACAGCUACGGCCGGGCGCGCCGCAGGGACAUCCGCUCCUUGCCGGAGAACAUCCAGUUCGACGUCUACUACAAGCUUUACCAACAAGGCCGACUAUGUCAGCUGGGUAGUGAAUUCUGCGAGCUAGAAGUUUUUGCCAAGGUGCUCCGAGCUAUAGAUAAAAGGCACCUCCUUCAUCACUGUUUUCAGGCACUAAUGGAUCACGGAGUGAAGGUGGCCUCGGUCUUGGCCUACUCGUUCAGUCGGCGGUGCUCCUACAUUGCGGAAUCGGACGCUGCGGUCAAAGAAAAGGCGAUCCAGAUUGGCUUUGUUCUAGGAGGGUUCCUCUCCGAUGCCGGUUGGUACAGCGACGCUGAGAAGGUCUUCCUCUCCUGCCUCCAGCUAUGCACCCUUCACGAUGAGAUGCUGCACUGGUUCCGUGCCGUGGAGUGUUGUGUGAGGCUGCUGCACGUCCGGAACGGCAACUGUAAAUAUCACUUGGGCGAAGAAACCUUCAAGCUAGCCCAGUCGUACAUGGACAAGCUGGCGAAGCACGGCCAGCAAGCCAACAAAGCCGCCCUGUACGGCGAGCUGUGUGCGCUGCUCUUCGCCAAGAGCCAUUACGACGAGGCUUACAAGUGGUGUAUAGAAGCCAUGAAGGAAAUUUCAGUGGGCUUGCCAGUCAAAGUUGUCGUGGAUGUUUUACGGCAAGCUUCAAAGGCUUGUGUUGUAAAACGUGAAUUUAAGAAGGCCGAGCAGUUAAUAAAACACGCCGUGUAUCUAGCGCGGGAGCAUUUUGGAGCCAAACACCCCAAAUACUCCGACACGCUCCUAGACUAUGGGUUUUAUUUGCUCAACGUAGACAACAUAUGCCAGUCGGUGGCUAUUUACCAGACGGCGCUAGACAUCAGGCAGUCGGUGUUCGGCGGGAAAAACAUCCACGUGGCGACAGCUCAUGAAGACUUGGCGUACUCGUCUUACGUUCACCAGUACAGUUCGGGCAAAUUCGACAAUGCGCUGUUCCACGCGGAACGUGCCAUUGGCAUCAUAACGCACAUCCUUCCUGAAGAUCAUCUUCUCCUGGCCUCCUCCAAAAGGGUUAAAGCACUGAUCUUGGAAGAGAUUGCAAUUGACUGCCAUAAUAAGGAAACCGAGCAGAGGUUGCUUCAAGAAGCCCAUGACCUCCACCUCUCCUCACUCCAGCUAGCUAAGAAGGCCUUUGGGGAGUUCAACGUGCAGACAGCAAAGCACUACGGUAACCUUGGCCGGCUUUAUCAGUCCAUGAGGAAAUUUAAGGAAGCCGAAGAGAUGCACAUCAAGGCGAUUCAGAUCAAGGAGCAGCUCCUUGGCCAGGAAGACUAUGAAGUUGCUCUCUCCGUGGGACACCUUGCCUCGCUCUACAACUAUGACAUGAGUCAGUAUGAAAAUGCCGAGAAGCUUUAUUUGAGAUCCAUCGCCAUCGGAAAGAAGCUUUUUGGCGAAGGCUACAGUGGACUAGAAUACGAUUACAGGGGCCUCAUUAAACUGUACAACUCCAUUGGCAAUUACGAGAAAGUAUUUGAAUACCACAACAUUUUGGCCAACUGGAACAGAUUGCGGGACCGGCAGUUCUCAGUGACAGAUGCCCUGGAGGAUGUCAGCACCAGCCCACAGUCCACCGAAGAAGUGGUCCAGUCAUUUCUGAUGUCUCAGACCAUCGAAGGACAGCUUUGCUAAGGAACUGGGUCGAUUUUACCAACUGCUAUUUUUUUCUUUCUUUCUUUCCCAUUCUCCCCCCAAUGUACAUGGGAAAGUCAUACUGUGAAAUCUGAAACCAUGUAGUCUUUCUUGAGGGGGCUGGAAUUGUAUUGAAACACUGGUCCGGUCUAUAUAACCCCCCGUCCUAGGGGAGAUCCCAUCUUCGGCGGAGCGUCCGUACAGACAAAUGGGUUCCAAAUUCCUACCAGCAUGUGUACGGCUUGUUUAGUUUCAGCUCUUUAUUUUCAACUUGGUAUAUAUAAAUAUAUAUAAACAAAACAAAACCAGACAUCCCUAUGAUCCCCCAUUUUUUAAUGUCUAAAAGGAGCUACCUUACAGCGAAUCUCUGCAAGAAAAGCAAGAGAGAAAUAAAAGCAUUUAACAGUAUCAGAGUUUCGUUCUUAAUUGCAAAAGGAGGCUACCAGCCGGCCGGUACUGCCACCAAGUUGAAGUCGUAACGAUGCCACGUGGUUAGCGAAAACCUGCGGCAAAAAGGUCGUCUUAAUCAGUAUGGAUUGUCAAGCCGUUAAUCGCGGAUAUUCACAUACACUCAGCCAGGCAUGGGGGGAACAUCUCACUUUUUGCCUUGUGCCGCCUUACAAAGUGACGUGGGAAGGAAUUACUCCAGGAAGUGAUGUUGGGUUAUGAACUGUGCUAGGCUGCCAUCCGACGACCGCAGUGCUUUUUCCGCGCAUCCAGAUUUGGACCAGCGUUGAUCCCAAAGUGACCACCACCAGUAGAAAAUCCUAGUCUUAGCUUGCUUUCUUUGGUACAGGGCAAGAACGUUCCAUAACAGGACCAGGAGAACAGAAGCCGGACCAGUUUGUCAGUGGAGCGUGUGCCAUCUUGGACCAACGAGUGACUAUUUCUGCCCCUGCUCUCACCCUGAAUUUGCUUUUACCCAGUAGGAUUUUCAUCAAGGUGUAUUUUCAGUGCUAACAAAGACUUUAUAUACAUGUAAUAGGUAGCAAAAGCUAGGAGCUUCAGUGUUCUUCAGCAGUUUUCCAAUGGCAUGUCUUUGAAAAUACUUAAGGUUGCACGGAUAAACUAGAUGUUAAUGCCAUAAUCGAAACUUUCUAAAUGCAUCUCGUUCCCUUCCCCCCUGCCCCUUUUAAAACUUUAGACUCUCUCUAAAGGCUAUAACUUGCUUGUGCUAACUAGAUACUCUUUCAUUCAAGACUCUGGUAUGGUUUUAAUUUCUGGAUGUGACAAUUUGUUGUACAGUUUGCAGGGCUUAGUGGAUAAUGCCAAAAUAGCACAACAGGUUGAAGCCUCUCUCUUUUAGCAUUUAUUUUUACUUAAAAUAAUCAGAACCCCAAUUCCUUCAUAUUACUUUUAAAUGCAUCUGUUUGUGAUUUUUUUUUUUUAAGAUAACUUUGCCUGUCUCACUAGCUUGUCUUAAUUUUUGGUUGUGCGCAUGUUUGGUGGUUUUGUGUGUUCUCUCUUUCUCGUUUUCUUUUCAAAUUGAAGAGAGUCUUCUAAUGUUGCGGUAACUGAAAUAUGGAAGAUUUAAUAGCCAGCUAGAUGGAUAAAAACCAAGUUGUUGCUGUUACCUCAGUUCUUAAUCCAGAGGCCUAGACAGUGUCUCUGCAUUUAAGAGCCUUUGCGGGUUCCCUCCCCUAUUUUCAGGGGUUUUACAAGUUGCCCGUGGACAACUCACUCAGAGCUGAGACUUGGCCAGCAUUUGAAGUGAAUUUUAUUCUUUGCAUAUUUGGUGGGGGGAGAUUUGGUGCCGUGAGGCGGGCAGAAGAAGGCCUGUGUGUCUCUUGUCGAGUUCGCAAGCAGGGUUCGCAGCUGGUGGCUUCAGAUGUUUCUCUUCAUCCCGGACUGUCGCAAUAGCUUUUGACUUCUAACCUGGAAUGUCACAGGCCAUUAGUUUGGUGUGUUAAACUAGUGCCUUCUUCAAGUAUUUUUCCUUUUCUGAAGGUCUUGUAAGACGGUGCUCAAAGUGAAGAUCUUCAUUUUGGCGGUGCUGGUUGAGCGCCUGGGUUAUGGGGAUUGUCGGAGGCCAGGAGAAUCACGCCAAGGUGGCCAGAUCUUCCUCGUUCCUCUUUGGGACGGAAUGGAUCUUUCCACAUGGUGCUUUCUGUGUGGAUUCUGCACCAUCAACCUCUAGAAAGCGGAUGGGAGUUCUUAAUCUUUUUUAUUCACGAGUCAUGUCAAAACCUUGAAACAAACGUCCCCCCAGAUAAACAUUUUGCAGUUGUAGUCUUGUAAGUAUCAAGGCUUCAGAUUCUGUGUUGAGCUUGCUGCUUCUCGACAAGUGCCCGUUGCAGUCACUUUUGACUGCCUACUCAAGUGUAAAUGGUUUAGACCGGGGCUGCAGAAUACUUGGGCAGAUGGGGCUGCAGUGCAGGCAGGAAUGAUGGCCCUACAGUUACAGUCGGAGUGCAUUGGUGAUGGUUUUUGCUAAGUGAGUGAUUGCACCUCAGACAGUAUGAGGCUUUAAACGUGUGUUGCUUUUCAAACGCAGAAGUCCCAAGUUUAUUUUAUUUGUAAUUUCUUUAAAAUGGCAUCUUAAAGCAUUUAGCCUGCUUUUAUAUCUCAAAGUUGCACCCUUGGAAUUGCUUAACUACCGUUAAUACGAUAAUACUAAUUAAAUUGCCUUAUACAGUAAAAAAUAAAUAAAUCAGAGUGAUAGAACUAAAAAGAAACUGUGGGAAGCACGUUGGCUGAAAUAACAGUUGCAAGUCACCCUUUUCUUUUAAAAAAAGGGGGGAAAGAAUAAAUAGACCUUGAGAUGAAAUAAAAGGAGGAAAUGCCUCUGUUAUAUGCAUUAGUGUAGCCUUAUGAUCAGGAAAUGGGAUUCCUCUGGUGUUGCUUGCCAGAGAAUUGUCCCCUAUGGUUUCUUAUCUCCAAACAGCUUUAGAUACCCUCUGGGGAUGUUGGUAGCUUUGCGCCUGAGGAAGACGGAUCCAUUCCAGGGAGAACUCAACAGGUCCGUGUGGCAGUUUGGUGCACAGAGAGCAAGAAAUGGUUGGGCUGAGAGUUGUGUUGCCUUGACCUGAAUGCGAUCUCUUGCCGGUUUAAACAAGUGCACGGGGUAUCAAGCUCAUUAAAAAAAAACUAAUCAUUCUUUCCGGGCAUAGGGAGGAGGAUGAAAUAUAUGUGUGUUUAAAUAAAGUGUGUAUAUUCAUUUUUCUUCCCCGUAUUCUCCACUCGUUGUUGUUGAGAAUUCAUUAUCCUCUACUCGCCUGGCAAGGAGAGAUCGUAAGGAUCAGAACGGGUUGAGAAUUCUCCCUUGAACGUAACUCAUGGGUUCAGUUCCUAGAAUUUGGAGACGGUGGUAUCUGCCUCCCGUGUGCCAGUUUUUGAACUUGCUUCCCAGCUUGGCAUGGUGUAGUCUACAAGUUCGUGAGGUCUUUGGAUGUAUGACUCUGAGGCACUUCCAUAGAUGUGUGUUGCAACCCAUGGUUAGUUCCUCUUCGCCGCCACUACCUCGGGCGUGAUCCAGGCAUGCAGCAGAGAGAUGGUGGAGCCCUAAGGUGUUCAAAUGGACUGUACCACUUCAGACUGCAGGGGGACGGUCACGUCUUUUAAUACUUGGGAGGAACAAGCCUCCCUCAAGCAGAGCAUGAGCACAGCAGGCAGUGGAACCGUGUGUGCUUUUUAAAUUGCAAGGUGUUGGUUUUAAAAGAGGGGAGCAUUGGGUUUUCUUAAAGUGUCUCUGCAGACCGAAAUGGCACAGUCCAGAAUUCUGCCAUCGCAUUCUGCAGCGUUCGUCAUCCAGGCCCGGGUUCCUCCUUGAUCCUUGUGUGUAAAAGAGCUGACGGGCUGGAAGCGUAUCCUCCCAGUGUCAAAUCUCUGUUGCUUUGUCACACGCAGGAGUGACUGGGCUUCUGCAUGGCAGAAUGUUACCGGAGGUGAGCGCCUUGCUGCUCUCCUGCUCACAAGUAGACUACUUCCAGAAGCAAGCAGGUUGGCUGGCAAUCAGCAAAAUUUCAAAGAACCAUGUUCUACUUCUUUUUUGCUCCUUUCCAGAUUCUCGAUGGCUUCCUCUGUAAUAGGGUGCUCAUCUAGGUUGCUGUCUUGGCAGUUGCACAAUCUUUUCCUUUUAUCUGGACCUUAGAAGGGUCAUGAAAAAGGGAGACUUUGGCGGAACCAGGUCUAGUUUUGUGUCCGGAGCACGGACUUCAGAGGGAAAAACUUAAUAUAAAGGGAGAAAACAAGAACCGUAGAACAUUAACCUCUUUCAAAUCCUUUGCUCCUAGAAAGGUGAGACAGAAUUGGAGGUGUCCGGUCAGUUUUAAGUGAUUCCCUUUUGGUUUAUAAAGGUGGCCUGGCUUGAGCUGCAUUGAACUUGUAUGUUACCAUGUGCAUAUCAAGAUAUUUGGGUGUCCCCAUUGCUUAGUUGCUGAGAGAGAGGGUUUGAACACACACACACACACGGACACGGACACACACACACACCCCAUAGGGAAGCAGUUCCUGAGAGAACGGGGGUCCUUAAGUUAGCUAGGAAAUGAGUUUAACCUUCCAUACUCCUGGAUUAAGUAACUUGCAAGCAGACGCUCUUCCUGUUGGUUGCCCAGAAGUCAGUUUCUCAAGUUGGCUUUGGGAAGGUCGUCUCUUGUUCGUCUUCGUCUACCUCCUCCCCCCACCCCCCCGAAACAUGACUUGGUUGUAUCUUGUAGGUAGGGUGGCUGGGAACAGAAGAACAAAACAUCCUUGUUGGUUAGAUUGACAUUUUUAAGAUCCUCACUUUAGAAUUAGUGUGGUAGCAGAGGGACAGGACCCUGUAAUGAAAGCAUAAAAGCACUUUGGUGUCUAUGGAGGUUACCCCUGUGAAGUUCAGAUUAAGAUAGGAAAGCAUCCUUGAUCUCAAAAGGGAGCCUUGCUCAGCCCCGUGGUGUUGGCUCCCGGGUAAGUACUUACCUCGGAGUAAGCUGCCUUGCACUCACUGAAGUUGGCUUCCAAAAAUAUUGUGAAAGUCUUCUUGUCCUAAUUUGAGCUUCACAGGGUGCCUGUGGUAUGAAAAGCGUCUCUUGCUUGGUGACUCAAAAUGAAUGACUAUUAUACCUCUUCCAGUUUGGGGAUGGUCAUAUUUCACCUUGAAAUCUGAUCGGAGUGGAUUGGGUAUCUUAAAUGAGCUGCUGUUCUCACCCGGGCGGUUGCCGACAGACAAGUUCUCACAGAGAGAUCUUUUCCAACAAGCGUGGCCUGUCCCAUCUGCCCUUGUCUUAAUGGAGGUGGAGAUGGCUUAAGCAAGCACUGAACUUGUAGGAUUUGUUUCUGGGGAAACGCUGGGCUCUUAGAUCUGAGGCCGUUGAAGCGUGGAAUGGUACUGUGCAUGCUUAGGAAAUGAUUCUAGGUUGAAUAAUUUGGCAGACAAAAGCGCUUCCUGUUGGUUGUGUGUAGAAGACAAUAGGGUUGUGCACAAAACCGGUUUGCCCUGUUCGGUUCGCGUUCAAACUGGACCAGGCGUGUUCAGUUUUGGCACCCCAAAUGAUUGGCCCGUCUCGGUUCAAAUUCGAGCCGGUUCGGGGGUGCUAGGGAUGUUAAUUUGGGGGGGGACUCACCACCGCUGAUGGCUUCUGAGGCCUUUGGGGGUGUUGCUGCAGCCAUGGGGUAUGUGUGUCUGAUAUGCCCUCCCCUACCCAGCCUCUCUGGCCUAUUUUGGGCCUCUCUGAGUGCACGGUGGACAUUUUGGAGAACGCUGCAUAUGUGCAUGGGCCAUUGGUGUGUCCAACCUGGGGGAGGUCAGCGGGGUAAGGGGGAACUGCCAGAGACCCCCCCCAUGGCCACAGCAGCACCCCUCAUGCUGUGGAAGCCCUCAGUGGAGGUAAGUCCACCUCCCCCCCCCCAAAAAAAUUAACAUCCAUAGCACUCCCGAACCAGCCCGAGGGGGUUCAGUUCAACCUUGAACUGGGCCCGGUUCGGCUCAGAGUUGAGCCGUUUUGCACAUCCCUAGAAGCCAGCUUUGGGAAGUUCUCUCUUGUACAAAGCCCUCCCUAGUAUAGAGGUAUUAAGUUCUGAUGGCGUGUUAGGGACUUCUAUCGUGGCUGUAACAUAACAUGACCAAAAAGGACACCCAAGGGUGGGUGACCUGAGGAUCGCCAGCUGUCUGACUACAAAUCCCAUCAUCCCCUGCUGCAUGUUACUGCAGCAGGGGAUGGUGGGAUAUGUAGUCAGACAGGUGGCCACCCUUGGUCUCUGAGACAGUACCGCAGCUUAUAGAUCACUCUUGAACAUCAUUUCAGGUGCCAUUUUGCAGUGGAUGAUUUGAAGGAGGAAAAUCUAGUUUUCCAUAUCUGGGUAAAUUUGGGAAGCAUUCCUUCCCACCCACCCCCGUUCUGUUCUUGCCAGAUCAAGCCCGUAAGUGCUGUCAUUCUUGUGUUUUGUGCUCAUUAUGGGCGAUUUCUCCCCUCGCCCCCCGCGCCUCCAUUUUGUAAAAACAGAAAAAAAAUUGCUUGGUUUUGUGUCUUGGAUGUAGUUGGGUGUGUGUUGCACAUUUCACCUCUUGGCCUUUUGGGGAAUUCCUCUGGGUGUGUCAGCUUGGUUUUGAGUGUGUUUCUGUUCUGUGAUGAGGAAAAGGAGGAAGGAUUCCGUGUUUCGAAAGACCGCUCGCGAAGCUGGCUUUCGUAGUAGUUAGUGGUCAUGAUUUUGGGCCCCCUUCCCAAACUCAGGAACAUUCUAGGCAAUGGAAAUGGCUUCCCUUUCUGUUCCACUCUCUCCCCCGGUGUGUUUCCCAGGUUCUCGUCCGCAAACACUUUCAUUGCAAUCCUAGGUAUCCUUAUAGCAUGAGAGGCCUUAGUGAGUUGUUUUCAAGUGCAUUUUUUUUUUAUUUCAAAACACUAAAAAAAAAAAAAAAAUACAGAUGGGGAAAAUAUUUAUACUAUAUAAAUAUAUAGAGAUAUUUAGAAACUUGGUGUUUGGCGCACAAGUUUUUCUGUGUUGGAUCACUAACUGUCACAGGUACCAUACGUGUAACUUUUUAAAAAAAAAAAUUUCCCUUUUUUAUGUAUAUUCCUUUAUAGGAAGCUAUGUUGCCAUGGUAAUUGAAGCAAAACUUCAGAGUUGUGUCUUGGAGGUGGAAGAACUUGACAUGUUGUUGAAUGUUGGUGGGUUCAGUACUAUAUUUCCCCCGCCACUGAACUUUAAUAGGGGAUGAAAAUCAAAAUAUAUACAUAUAUCUAUCAAAACACUGUAUAUUGGCAACGUUGCUGGAAGUAAAAAUGCAGAUUAUGGAGCAAGCGCACCUCCCAUCGGCUCAAAAUCUAAACUCCCCCCCCCUUUUCUCUUCGUGCCACAGUUAUUUAUAUAAAGGCAUCUUGAUCACUCCUGGCCGUCUCCCUUUUGUGUCCAUCUUUUUUUGUAUCCAACAUCACGCCGGACGGCAGUGCCCGGUUUUAUUCUUUGUAACCAUCAAACCAUACAGAGUAUGUUUGUAACCAACAUUGUGAUAUUCUGUAAUUGUAUUGCUAAAAUGAAUUAUUGACCUAAUAAAUAUAGUGUUCCUGCA